ACACUGGGGCCGGAGACCGGAGAGGGGCGGACUGAUCUGGAAGGUAGGAGCGCGACAUAACAUAAAAGUUUGCUCUGGAACCGACUUCUCCCCGUCCCUGGUGAAAUAUACUUUGCACAAGGAGCACCUGUAACCACAGUCUGUACAAAAAAAAAGGGGCUGACAUUAUACAGUAUGCCCGGCAGCACCAUAGCCAGGGUGCUGGUUGCGCUCUGCAUCGGGAGUGCGGUGAACUGCAUGCCCAAAGGGACGCACAAGAAUCGGCGACAAGCGCUGCAGCAUCAAACCAGCUCAGUCUCUCAGGAAGGAUGCAUUGAGAAUGGUCAUUACUAUGCUGUUAAUGACCAGUGGGAACGGCCAUAUUUGGGCAGCACUCUGAUCUGUACCUGCCAGGGAGUUGCUGGCAUAAAGUGUAAAAGCAAGCCUGAAGCAGAGGAAAGGUGCUAUGACAAGGUCAACGAGAAGCACUACACCGUGGGAGAAACCUACGAGAGACCUAAGGAUGGCAUGAUCUGGGACUGUACCUGUAUCGGCUCUGGGAGAGGCAAGAUCAGCUGCACCAUUGCCAAUCGCUGUCAUGAGGGUGGGGCUUCAUACAAGAUUGGUGACACCUGGAGGAGACCCCAUGAGACUGGAGGCUACAUGUUGGAGUGUGUCUGUCUGGGUAAUGGAAAGGGAGAGUGGACCUGCAAACCAGUCGCUGAACGUUGCUAUGAUAACUCCGUUGGAACAUCAUAUGUUGUUGGGGAGACAUACGAGAAGCCAUAUCAAGGAUGGAUGAUGAUCGACUGCACCUGUAUGGGAGAAGGAAGCGGACGCAUCACAUGCACCUCCAGAAAUCGCUGUAACGACCAGGAAACCAUGACCUCUUACCGUAUUGGAGAUACCUGGACCAAGUCAGACGCCCAAGGAAACCUGCUCCAGUGUCUCUGCACAGGGAACGGCCGAGGGGAGUGGAAGUGUGAGAGACAUGCUUCUCUUCACACCACUAGCCUGGGUACCGGCUCUCGAGUGAUCACCAACAUCCAGCCUGCCGUCUACCAGCCUUCCCAUGUGCCUUCCAUUCCCCAGGAUGGACCCUGCAGGACAGAAACAGGACUCUCUUACUUCAUUGGCCAGCGCUGGAUGAAGAACCAGGGGGCCAAGCAGAUGAUCUGUACUUGUCUUGGCAAUGGCAUCAGCUGUGAACAGUGGGAUGGACCAGCUCCGGUGUAUGGUGGCACCUCAGGAGGUCAGCCCUGUGUGUUUCCUUUUGUCUACAAGGGGAAGACUUACCACACCUGUACCUCUGAUGGACGCACUGAUGGACAGCUGUGGUGCUCCACCUCUUCUGACUAUGAGACCGAGCAGAAAUAUUCUUUCUGUACAGAGAAGAACGGAAUUUUAGCAACACGUGGUGGCAACUCUAACGGUGCUCUGUGCCAGUUCCCCUUCCUCUACAACGGCAGAAACUACACCGACUGUACCGCAGAUGGACGUAGAGACGGCAUGAAGUGGUGUGGCACCACAGUAGACUAUGAUGGAGAACAGCGUUUUGGGUUCUGUCCCAUGGCUGCCCAAGAAGAAGUGUGUACCAGUACCGAAGGGGUGAUGUACCGCGUGGGAGACCAGUGGGACAAACGCCACGACGUUCUGGGUCACAUGAUGAGAUGCACCUGCGUGGGCAACGGUCGAGGAGAGUGGAGCUGUGCUGCUUACUCCCAGAUUAAAGAUCAGUGUAUUGUGGAUAAUCUGACCUAUGAGGUUAAUCAUACCUUCACCAAACAACAUGAAGAAGGCUACAUGAUGAACUGCACGUGUUUCGGACAAGGGCGUGGCCGCUGGAAGUGUGAUGCUAUUGACCAGUGCCAGGAGCCAGAAACAAGAGCCUUCCACCAGAUUGGAGAGUCUUGGGAUAAAGUCAUCCAUGGGAUCAUGUACAAGUGCUACUGCUAUGGCAAUGGUGUUGGAGAACUGAGCUGUGAGCCUCAGCAGUCCUUCCCUGGUGGUACCCGCCCAGUUCAGGUGAUAAUAACAGAAUCAGGAAAUCAACCCAACUCCCACCCCAUCCAGUGGAAUGCCCCACAGUCUGCCCACAUCACACAGUAUGUCCUCAAAUGGAAAGUGAAAAACACUGUGAGCCCGUGGAGAGAGGUGAUGAUCCCAGGUCACCUGAACUCCUACACCAUCUCUGGUCUGAAGCCCGGUAUCACCUAUGAGGGUCAGCUGAUUAGCGUGCUGCGGUUUGGACGCCAAGAGAUCACACGCUUUGACUUUACAACCACUUAUGGAUCAUUGGCUACAUCACAAGGCGAGACCACCCAGCUUCCUCCUGUGGUCGACAUCUCAGAGUCUGUGACCGAAAUUACCUCCAGCAGCUUCGUCAUCUCCUGGGUCUCUGCCUCGGACACAGUCUCUGGUUUCAGAGUGGAGUAUGAGCUCACUGAGCAGGGACAGGGCACUGGACAGCCCAUGGUGCUAGACCUUCCUCGCACGACUACCUCAGUGAACAUUAAUGAGCUUCUACCUGGGAGGAAAUACACUGUCAACGUCUAUGAGGUGACAGAUAGCGGAGAGGACAAUCUCAUUCUGACUACUUCACAAACCACUGCGCCUGAUGCUCCUGUGGAGCACGAAGUGGACGUGGUGGGAGAAACCUCCAUCGUGAUCAGCUGGGAUAAACCACUUGCUCCCAUCACUGGCUACCGGGUCGUCUACACGCCAUCAAUUGAGGGUGAGAGCACAGAGCUGACUCUCCCUGACACAGCAACAUCCGUGACUCUGAGUGACCUCCGACCUGGAAAGUUGUACAACAUCAGUAUCUACGCUGUGGAGGAUAGCCUGGAGAGUGAGCCGGUCUUUGUGCAGGUCAACACAGCUGGAGAUCCGCUGCCAGAUGAGGUGGUUUCUCCCACAGACCUGCAGUUCUUUGAGGUGUCCGAUAAGAAAAUCGUUCUGACCUGGUCCGGCCCGACUACUGAUUUAUCAGGUUACCGUGUUACCGUUGUUCCUGUGGAUGAGAGCGGAUCUCCUCAGAAGGAAAUGACUCUGCCUGUCAGUCAGAACUCCUACAUUGAAGUGACCCACCUACAGCCUGGAACACAGUACCGCUUCAACGUCUACACCACCAACAAUGGAGAGGAAAGUGUGCCGCUUACUGGGGAGCAAUUUACGAAGCCUGAUGCUCCCACAGAUAUCCACUUCUCUAAUAUCACUAAAGACAGUGCUGUGAUGAUGUGGUACGCCCCCCGUGCAAAAAUCACCGGCUACCGUCUCUUCCUCACCGUCGAGGGCUCUAACCCUGAACAGCUGCGCCUACCUUCUCGCCUCACCCAGUACACCAUCCUCAACCUGAAGCCGGAGACGGAGUACACGGCGACUCUGCAUGCAGAGCAGGGGAAUACUCUGAGUGCAGGAGAGUCUUCAGUGUUCACCACGAAACCACCAAUGGGCAACGCUCCUCCAUUCAGCACUGAUGUAACUGACACCUCCAUUAUUAUCUCCUGGACUCCAGUUACCAGCAUUGGAUACAAGUUGACGGUUCGGCCCAGUCAGGGAGGUGAAGCCCCCAGAGACGUGACUUCUGAAUCAGGGAGUAUUUAUGUUUCCGGUCUAACUCCGGGGGUGGAGUACACCUACAGCGUCCAGCCAGUCAUAAACGGGCAUGAGGAGGGAACACCAAUCACACGCCGUGUCAUCACACCUUUGUCUCCUCCUACUGACCUCAACCUGGAGACUAAUCCUGGCAAUGGAGAUCUCACAGUCCAAUGGAAUGGAGCCAGUACACCAGACAUCACUGGCUACAGAGUGACAUGCACACCCACCAACGGACAGCAAGGGAACAGUUUGGAAGAGUUUGUGGAGCCAGAGAAGAACUCCUGCACCCUGGAGAACCUGAGUCCAGGAGUGGAGUACAACGUCAGCGUUUUUACUGUGAAGGAUGACAUGGAGAGCACUCCUGUGUCAACUAUUGUCACACCAGACGUUCCACAGCUGACCGACCUAAGCUUCAGGGACGUCAGCGACACCACCAUCAGUCUUCGCUGGUCGCCAUUUAACACCACGGCCAUCACAGGUUACAAGAUCACUGUGGUGGCGGCAGGUGAGAGUGUACCCAUCUUUGAAGACAUGGUCCUGCCCAACACUGGCCACUACACUGUGUACGGACUGGAGCCUGGUAUCGACUAUGAGUUCAGUGUCACCACUGUGACGGACAAUGGAGAGAGCGAGCCAACCACACUCAUUCAGCAGACAUCUGUUCCAGCACCAACAGAUUUGGGCUUUGGCCAAGUUGGCCCAGACACUAUUGAAGUCACCUGGGUGACUCCCAAGGUCCCUAAUGCUGCUGACAUCAACAGCUUCCUCAUCAGGUAUCAUCCCAUCGAUGAUGAAGAUGAUCUUACAGAAACAAGCACAGGAGGCAGAAGCAACAACGUGGUGCUGAGGAACCUGAUUCCUAACACAGAGUAUCUGGUGAGCGUGGUGUGUGUUUAUGAGCAGAGGGAGAGCUCACCCCUUGUUGGCACCCAGAAAACAACUUUGGAUUCACCAGUUGACAUGAGUUUCUCUGAGGUCUUCACCAACUCCUUUACCAUCCACUGGCAUGCUCCCCAGAGCAAAAUCACCGGUUACCGUAUCCGGUACCAGAUGGUCAGUGGCGGCAGGGCCAAGGAUGAGAGGCUCCCCCCAUCCAGGAACCAUUUCACCCUGACAGGACUCACAGCAGACACAGAGUACCUGGUUAACAUCUACGCAGUGAGCAGGGCAGAGGAGAGCCUGCCACUCAGUGGAAAACAGAAGACAAUCUCUGAUGCUCCCACAGAUCUGGAAGUGCUAGACUCCACCCCAACCAGCAUCACAGUCCGCUGGGAUGCUCCACCUGUCACUGUGCGCUACUACAGGAUCACCCAUGGAGAGGAUGGAGGUCACAGUAAUCCCAAGGAGUUCACAGUGCCUGGAACCCAGUCCACCGCCAUCAUCAACAACCUGAAGCCUGGAACCGAAUACACCGUCACUGUCUAUGCUGUGACUGGUCGAGGAGACAGUCCCGCGUCAAGCAUUCCAAUCUAUGUUACACAUAAAACAGGCGUCAACUCUCCCUCUGACAUGGAGGUGAUGGAGGUGAAUGACAACAGUGUCACAGUGAGGUGGAGUCCUGCUCAAGGCCCAAUCAAGGGAUACAGGGUGACCGGGGUCCCAAGAAAUGGACAGGGGCCGUCUUUUACUGAAGUGGUGGCUCCAGAUCAAACAGAGAUCACUUUCUCUGGACUGAUGCCCACAGUAGAGUACGUUUUGAGUGUGUAUGCUCUUGGACAAGAUGGAGAGAGCUCUCCAAUGGUUGUCAAUGCUUUAACAAACGUUGACCAUCCCAAGGACCUGACCUUCUCAGACAUUGACUCCACCUCCCUGAGAAUCAGCUGGGACAGUCCUGAGGGAAUUGUGACAUCUUACCGCAUCUUGUACUCCAGCUCAGAGGAGGGUGAGAGAGAGCUGCGCCCUGCUCCCAGGGGGGACGCAGAGUCCGCUGUUAUCUACGGCCUGCAGCCUGGCACUGAAUACACUGUGAAAGUGAUCGCUCUGCAUGAUGACACAGCCAGCAAACCACUCAUUUCUACACAAGCUACAGCCAUCUCACCACCCACCAACCUCCAGUUCUCCCAGGUCGGCUCCACAUUUUUCACCAUGAGCUGGUCUGUACCGGGUCAGGAAAACCGUCUCACUGGACUUACUGGCCUUACUGGUUACCGUGUGGUGGUGAACCCAAAGAACAAGAGUGGUCCUACCAAAGAGAUCAACUUGGCCCCAGACACCACGGAAGCACACAUCUCAGGACUCAUGGUUGCAACUAACUAUGAAGUCCAUGUUUAUGCCUUGAAAAACUCUCUGACCAGCAGGCCGGUCCAGGGAGAGGUCACCACUUUGGAGAAUAUCAGCCCUCCUCGUCGCGUGCGCAUCUCAGACGUCAACGACUCCUCCAUCACUCUAAUCUGGCGCACCAAGACAGAAACCAUCUCUGGCUUCCUGGUUGAGACCACACCCACCUCCUCCUCUUCAGGGGACACUCCUAUUCAAAAGACCAUUGGCCCUGACUCCCGUUCACACGCUAUCACAGGUUUGGAGCCAGGCACCACUUACAAGAUCACCAUCUAUACACUGAAAGGCAAUGGACGCAGUGCUCCUUUCACUCUCACAGCCACUACAGCCAAACCAUUGGUCAUCCCUCCCACAAACAUCCGCUUCACCUCCCUGAACCCAAGCAGCAUCUCUUUCACCUGGGAGCCCUCCCGCAGUCCAGGAGUUACUGGCUAUUACGUCACCUAUGAAGAGGCCGGAGGUCUGCCUCGUGAACUGACACCAAGGCCUCAUGCAGGCCAGAGCUACUCUGUCAUCAAUGGUCUGAAACCAGGAACAGAGUAUGUUAUCAAGAUCGUCGCUCUGCAGAAUACUUUGAGAAGCACACCGCUUGUUGGCAAAGCCAGAACACAGCCAGCUACAGACUUAUUGGUGCCCAAGCUGCCAGAACUCCCUGUUCCUCACAGACCCACCACUGACAUCUUAGACGUCCCUGAGUCCUUCAAUGACCAAAUUUUCGACUCCAACCACGUUCGCUUGGCUGGUACAAGUGGUCAGAACCAACCGGGCCAGCAGGGCCAGCAUAUCUAUACAGAGUACCAAAACCUAGGCCCUAAUAAUGGACUCAACGGCCCAUACGGUGGACCCAAAGAAGGAAGGAGACCAACUCUCAGAGAGCCACUCAUCUAUAUUCCUGUAGCUGGUCCUGAUGGAAACAGAGUCCCCCUGGUCAAGGUGAGCGACGGUCCUCUCCCGGGUCUUGCAUUUGGUUUCCCUGACAAUGAAACAGACUUGCCCCAAGAAGCACAGACUGUCACAACCAUCUCAUGGCAACCCAUUCCCCAGACUUCAGAGUAUGAGGUGUCCUGUAAUCCUCUCACAGACCUGGAGGAGGGGGGCUUCCAGAUGCGUCUUCCCGGCACCUCCAGCAGUGCCACACUUAUUGGAUUGACAUCUGGGGCAUCCUAUAAUGUUGUAGUGGAGGCCAUGAGGGGCGGGGCUAAGGAGAAGGUUUUGGAGGAAGUUGUCACAGCCGGCAAUGCUGUUCCAGGUGACAUCCCCAUCACAACCAGCCAGGACGUGUGCUACGACACGUUCACACAGACUUACCAUGACGUGGGCUCAGAGUGGGAGCGCAUGUCUGAGACAGGAUUCAAGCUGUGGUGCCGCUGCCUGGGGCUGGGCAGUGGUCACUUUAGAUGUGAUUCAUCCAAGUGGUGUCACGACAACGGGAAUAACUACCGCAUUGGUGAGAAGUGGGAUCGGCAAGCUGAGAACGGUCACAUGGUGAGCUGCACCUGCCUGGGAAAUGGCAAAGGGGAAUUCAAAUGUGAACCUCAUGAGUCCACAUGUUACGAUGAAGGGAAAAUGUAUCAGGUGGGGAACCAGUGGCAGAAGGAAUACCUGGGUGCUAUAUGUACCUGUACCUGCUACGGAGGACAACAGGGCUGGCGGUGUGAGAACUGCAGAAGGCCCGGGCUGCUCACUGAUGUCGAAGCUGACCUCCUUCAACCAGUCAGUCCUGAUGUCUUUGACCGAUACAGAGAAAACGCCCGGCGCAAACUGAACAUCCACUGCCCCAUCGAAUGUUUGAGGCCGGAGCUGCUUGCAGACGCCCAGAUCCCAUCGAAGUAGAGCGUGAGGGAGUGUGAGUGAAGAAGGAUGAAAGUGAAGUCCUUGACAGCAUCGCUACCACUUUAAGAAGGAAACUUCCUCUUGUUUUCAUUAAAAGAAGACAUUUCCAUCUGACCUGUGCCUUAGAGGUUUUACCCUCACAGUUACGUUUAGUGCCUUUGGACCAGUGUGUGAGAUUUAUGGGCAUCUACAUUGAAGCAGAUGGCAACAGUGUUUCUUCUUGAAGAGUAAUGUGAGUUGAGUUUGGUACUAGCAGAAUGCAAUCUGCAACUCACCUGUAGAUGGCGACCAAAUCUCCACACUGGUCUUUUUAUUAAGACUUUCAUACACCAGCCACUGUGCCUUAUCGAAUAUCUGCCCUGCUUUUCAUCCAUUCUUCAGAAACAAGGAAUUCUUCAUCCAAUCUAGUUUUGACAUCAACCUGUCGGAGCACAAACCCUGCUGCUUUAUCACCAGCCAGUAUUGUUGUUUAUUUUUACUGUUGCAAUGGAACUUUUGAUGAAUUCAAGCAUUCCCUGUCAAAUGUCUUCAUUUUACAACAUCAAAACACUCACAGUAUCUCUGAUUCUAUGUAAUUAUGUUCCCUAUUACUAUUUGUAACAACAUUUGUUACAUUCCCCAUUAUUUUGAGUUUCACUGUGACUUUAACUUGUAGCUAGGAAACGUUUAGAUUAUGCAGAAAUGCAUUUUUUGGCUUCUUUUACAUUUCACAACCAGGACAGAGUUGGUUUAUAGCAGAGCAAGCCAUGAAGUAUUUCCACUGUUUCCAAAAACAACUUUUACAGCUUGUGUCUCAGCUGGACUUACCCGUCCAGACUGUCAGAAUUAGGUCAAGCAUUAUUUUUUUAUUGAACUGAAUCAAUGGAAAACAGUAUGGUUUUAAAAGCUGUACAAUAGCUGUCCAGUGUCAUUUCUGUUUCUUUGUCUCCAGUGAGCUACUACUUUGUUAAGCAGAGCAGUGGCUCACUAAUGUUUCUCUUUGAUUUGAAGAAAAUUCUUAUCAAGAAACCUUCCUUGACAGAUGUUAGCGCUGUCAGUUUAAUGUUGGAACAAAUAAAAAGUUGCAUUGCUAUUAGUAAAGCUUAGAGCUCUGAAGUCACCAUGCAGAUAUAGUUGUCUGCACUGUAAAAUGUUGUCUAUUAAAAAAAAAAUUCUGGCUACAAGUUAAAUGGUUAAUUCAAAAAAUGUAUGAAAAAAUUCACCAUUGCUUCCUAGUGAAAUGCGUUUUAAUUACAUACAUGUUUGUAGUUUUUUAUCCUUUAUUUAUCCCUUUUUAUUCAGGCAUUUUGUUCAAUGCUUUUUUGGGGUGUACACUUUAUUUUUAUGACUCACUUGUUUUUUUAUAUUGUUGGUGCCAAAAUCUGAACUACUGUGGACUGAAUCUUUUUAAUAAACUAAAAAAAAUCCAAGCCAA